AAAUUCCUGGCCUAGUGCUGAGCAGAAAUGGCUGCAAGUGGCCUAGGUCUCGGCAGGGCCUUGGGUUUCUCUCCCCGCCGGGCUUGGAGACGAGCUCACUGGGAAGCCAGGGGACGCCUAAAGCCUGAGUACGAUGCCGUGGUGAUAGGAGCAGGACACAACGGGCUGGUGGCUGCGGCGUACCUGCAGAGACUGGGGGUGAACACAGCAGUCUUCGAGAGACGCCCUGUGAUAGGGGGUGCAGCUGUCACAGAGGAGAUCAUCCCAGGGUUUAAGUUCUCCCGAGCGUCCUACCUCCUCAGCCUGCUGAGGCCACAGAUUUACACCGACCUGGAGCUGAAGAAACACGGGCUGAAGCUUCAUCUUCGAAACCCCUACUCCUUCACCCCAAUGCUGGAAGAGGGCAUGGGGAGCAAGGUGCCCAGGUCCCUUCUUCUGGGCACAGACAUGGCGGAAAACCAGAAGCAGAUUGCCCAGUUCUCACGGAAAGACGCCCAGGCUUUUCCCAAAUAUGAGGCAUUCAUGAAUCGGUUGGCAUUAGCCAUAGACCCUCUGCUGGAUGCAGCCCCUGUGGACUUGGAGGCCUUCCAGAGAGGUUCCCUGCUGCAAAGGCUCCAGGCGCUCUCCACACUCAAGCCCGUGCUGCAGGCAGGUAACACUCUGGUGAGCAGAUGCCCUUCUGCCCUUCUCUCUGGCAUUUUGCUGUCCCAGGUGCUGGAUCAAUGGUUUGAGUCCGAGCCUCUAAAAGCCACUCUGGCCACGGAUGCUGUGAUUGGAGCCAUGACGAGUCCCCACACUCCGGGGAGUGGGUAUGUGCUGCUACAUCACGUGAUGGGGGGCCUGGAGGGGGUGCAGGGGGCCUGGGGCUAUGUCCAGGGGGGCAUGGGUGCCCUCUCUGAUGCCAUCUCAAGCUCAGCCACCGCACACGGAGCAAGCGUCUUCACUGAAAAGACGGUGGCUACAGUGCUGGUGAGCAACGAAGGGCGCGUCCAAGGAGUCGUGCUGCAAGACGGCUCGGAGGUGAGGAGCAAAGUGGUGCUGUCCAACGCAUCCCCGCAGGCCACCUUCCUGAAGCUGACCCCACAGGAAUGGCUUCCUAAGGAGUUCGUGGAGAGAAUCUCCCAGCUGGACACCAAGUCACCUGUUACCAAGAUCAACGUGGCUGUUGACAGGCUGCCUGACUUCCUGGCGGCCCCCAAUGCUCCCGGAGGCCAGCCACUGCCCCAUCACCAGUGCUCCAUCCACCUGAACUGUGAAGACACACUCCUCCUCCACCAGGCCUUCAAGGAUGCCAUGGAGGGCCUGCCUUCCCACAGGCCUAUGAUUGAACUCUGCAUCCCUUCCUCGCUGGACCCCACCCUGGCUCCCCCCGGCUGCCAUGUGGUCUCCCUCUUCACUCAGUACACGCCCUACAUGCUGGCUGGGGGCAAGGUGUGGGACGAGCAGGAGAGAAGCGCAUAUGCAGACAAAGUGUUCGACUGCAUCGAGGCCUACGCCCCUGGCUUCAAGCGCUCCGUGGUGGGCAGGGACAUCCUCACGCCACCUGAUUUGGAGAGAAUCUUCGGGCUUCCUGGAGGGAACAUCUUCCACUGCGCCAUGACCCUGGACCAGCUCUACUUCGCCCGCCCCACGCCCCUGCACUCCAGCUACCGCUGUCCCCUCCGGGGCCUGUAUCUCUGUGGAAGUGGCGCCCACCCUGGAGGAGGCGUCAUGGGAGCCGCUGGACACAAUGCAGCCCGUGUUGUCUUCAGAGACCUCAAGAGCAUGUGACCUGAACCAACUCUGACCUUGAGAUUUUAAGUCCCUAUUGGGUCAGCAUCCCAGGAUGUGGCCGGGGGCCGACAAGCCCUAAUGCUCAAGCCACGUACAGGUUAUGUUUGACGCUUGUGAGCCUUGCACCCCAGACUUCCUAAAUGAACUGGUGUUGUUUUAUUAAAAUCAGUGUUUUGUAUAGUUUGUGGGUUUUUUCUGUAUAUUUUCUAUGUAUUAGUAGG